UUAAGACUCACUUUUUUUGACAUAUAGGCCAGGAAAAGCGUUUUUAAUCUCACUUGAGUUAAGCAAAAUUACUAAAACCAAGGACAGGUUGAAUCUACGAAACAUCCUCGAUCAUGCCGCCCAGCAUGUUCUGCAUCCUAAUCUGGCGCCUAGCCGUGCAAUUGCUAUACCCUUACGGAUACAUGGGCUGUUCCUUGCAGGAGGCAUUAAACAAUGAGCAUCUGAUUUGGAGCAAGGGGGAUCGCUUGGAGGCGCAGAUGAUGAUGCUGAUGAGGGACUCCUUGCGGACCACGCUCAUGCUCGUGAUAGUGAUGGAAAUGAUGUCCUCGGUGAACGAAGCCUUGAAUAUUCGACUGCCGAUGGGCUUGGCCGUCAGACUUUAGUCUGCCCCUGUUUAUUGCUCUCCCCCAUCGGUUUAUAUGGGGCCCCAUCAAAACAACAGAGCUCAAAUAAUUUCGUCUUGGGGUAGGACCGCCAUUGUGCCAACGUUCGUUCGUCGACGUCGGCCGUCGUCGUUGCCCAUUUAAUCAGU